GUUUCCGCCGCGCCUGCGUCCUAGGGCCCGAUGUUCGUCUCUGAGACAGGACUUCCCAGCGGCGGCGCUAGUGUUCCCGACUCCGGAAGCCAUGCGCUCAGGUGGCAUGGUCCGGGCCUGCCGCAGUGCCUGCAGGUGCUGGCUCUCUGGGUGUGCGGGGCCCGCAGACGGGCCGCAGCAGCUGGCGGCCCCCGAGCGUGCAGAGGACCGGGAGGCGCUGGUAGACCUCUGCCGGAGAAGGCACUUUCUCAGCGGGACGCCGCAGCAGCUCAGCCCGGCUGCUCUCCUGAGCGGGUGCCACCCGGGCUUUGGACCUUUGGGGGUAGAGUUGCGAAAGAACCUAGCCUCACAAUGGUGGUCCUCCAUGGUGGUGUUCAGGGAGCAGGUCUUCGCGGUGGACGCCCUCCACCACGAACCAGGCCCUUCGCAGGCCGGGGACAGUGCCUUCAGGUUAGUUUCUCCAGAAUGUAUACGCGAAAUCUUGCAAGACAAAGAGCUGAGUAAAGAACAGCUAGUGGCAUUUCUUGAGAACUUAUUAAAAACUUCUGGGAAACUACGGGAGACUCUCCUUCACGGUGCCUUGGAGCACUAUGUUAAUGGCCUGGAUCUGGUAAACAGAAGGCUGCCUUAUGGUCUUGCUCAGAUUGGAGUGUGUUUCCAUCCUGUUUCGGACACUAAGCAGAUACCUAGCAGUGUUAAAAGAAUUGGUGAAAAGACUGAAGCUUCAUUGGUGUGGUUUACUCCUGCAAGAAAUUCAAGCCAGUGGUUUGAUUUCUGGUUGCGUCAUAGGCUUCUGUGGUGGAGAAAGUUUGCUAUGAGUCCAUCUAACUUCAGCAGCACCGACUGUCAAGAUGAAGCAGGACGAAAGGGAAGCAAGCUUUACUAUAGCUUUCCCUGGGGAAAGGAACCAAUAGAGACACUGUGGAACCUUGGAGAUCAAGAACUCCUACACAUGUAUCCCGGGAGUGUGUCUACGUUACAGGGUCGAGAUGGGCGGAAAAACGUGGUUCCUUGUGUUCUGUCUGUAAAUGGGGACCUAGACCUAGGAACGAUGGCUUACAUCUACGAUUCCUUCCAGCUCUCAGAAAACUUCUUUGCAAGGAAGAAGAGCCUUCAUCGAAAGGUGCUUAAGCUUCACCCUUGUUUAGCCCCUGUUAAGGUUGCUUUGGACAUGGGCAAAGGCCCUACGGCAGAACUGAGGCAGGUUUGCCAAGGGCUACUUAAUGAAUUACUAGAAAAUGGGAUUUCUGUGUGGCCUGGUUAUUUGGAGACUGUGCAGUCUUCAUUAGAGCAACUCUAUUCAAAGUAUGAUGAAAUGAGCAUCCUCUUUACAGUUCUGGUCACUGAGACGACUUUGGAAAGUGGAUUAAUCCAACUGAGAAGUAGAGACACCACAAUGAAGGAAAUGAUGCACAUCUCCAAACUGAAAGACUUUCUAAUCAAGUAUCUAGAAUCUUCUAAAAAGGUGUAGUUCUUCAUAUUUCUGUAAUAAAUAGUCUCUAUUGAUUUUGUUAGCUUACAUUAAAAUGGUUUUGGCCCUUUUGUAUUAUAAUAAAGUAGACAUUUUUGUCUCUUUC